CUCUGACUCAUUCCCCCCCUUUCUCUACAUCAAUUAACAACUCGCACUUGUUUCAUUCUCACUAUACACCAACAUGCACCUCUUUUACACGCAAUAUUGCCGCGAAAGGAUGUAUAACAUAUAUAUUUCCGUCAACAUAUAUACACAUGUGAUAUAGAAAUAUAGAUUUCUACGCCUGGCUUUCUUCUUCGCUGACCCCUACACACUUGGAAAAGGUCUUGCUUUGCACCUAAACUACCAACCACCAUGGGGUUAGAGAAUUAGCUGAAGUCAUGAAUACCACUAAACCCCCUAAAAAAGUGUCAGAUUUGACCUCGCUGUUUGAGGAAAAGAACAGUGAGGUCAUUGCGCAGCCAAGAGCAGUGAAUGUGGUGUCUCCCAGCAAGAAACCAGCUGCAGCUUCAAGAGCCGGAGGAACAGCAACUUCAAAAGCCAGAGGGACAGCAACUUCAAAAGCAGGAGGGACGGCUGCUGUACGUCCGAGUCCAAAACCUCGUCUCAGUCGCAGUGAUUUAAGUGGAACUAAAGGUACCAAAAACCGUAUAUCAUCACGGACGAGUAGUGCUAGUAGUACCAGCAGUAAUAGCAGUAUUACUCAGUUGACAGACGUCAAGGCUCCGUCUAAAAUGCCUGAUGGCUGUAAUUCACAAUCGACCAGUAAAGUUUCCAGAACAAUUCUGUCUUAUGAAAGCCCUUGCGAAAGGAGCUUGUAUCUGCAUGGCAGGAAGAAGAUGCUGUCAGCAUCAGACAUUACAGGCUCGGACAGAUCACUUGCAUCACGUGAUACGCUUCCUUGCAGAAAUGAAGGUUAUCCAUUGGAACACACAAGCUCUGCAGAAAAUUUGUUCUUCCCCCAAAAGUCUAACACAAAACAUUUAAUUCUUGAGCGUUUGCAGAGUUUAGAAGACACUCGAAAGUCCCCUGUGCACAACGACCUCAAAGAAUGUGAACUUAUCAUGAAAAGGUUUGCUGAUGCCAAAAUGAAGGACUUACGUAAUAAGUUUGAGAAGUCGGUCGAUGACAGUGGCAUUGGUGGCACUCAUGACUUUGUGAAAGCUUCCUCAGCAAAUGUGCGAGGAAUAUCGGCGGCGGCAGCAACAGCAACUCUGCCUUUGAGAGGAGAUUUUAAACCUUCCAACUUGUUAUCCUCCUCAGAAUUGUUCAAGUCUCGGGCUGCCACCCUUGGAUCAACCAAGACUUCAUAUUCGGAUUUCCUUAACAGCACACACGAUAGGAAUAUCAGCAGCUUGCAGAACAUUAAAUUUGAUAUUGAUUCUUCUUGUAAAAUUGCGGUCAAUGAAAGAACUCCAUCCAGCACUGCUGGGACAACUUACAAGUCUCAGGCUGCUGAAAAUAUUCUACAAAAAAAGAAACUUGCAAAUAUUUUGAAAAAUGCUGCCAAUGAUGUGCGAUUACCAUCUCGAGUUCAGCCUUUAAAUAGAUCACCCUCAUCGUUGUCAUCUUGUUCAUCAUCAUCAUCCUGUCAUCGGAACCUGUACCUGACGGUACUUUUAGUGCAAAGAAGAAAAGAGGGAGCUAUGAAAAUGUGAUCCAGUCUGGCCAAGUAAAGUUUCUAACCUCAAAGAUCGGUGGUGGUUCUGCAAAUGUAGAUUCUGGGAAAUGUACUGGUACAAAUGGUGUCAAUAAUGGUUGUGAAGAUCCUUCAGACAUCUACGAUGACAUUGCCAACACUCUUGACACCAAGAAAUCUUUGGAAAUCUUUAAAGCUAGGAAAAAUAGUCCAAAGAAGAACAGCCGCACCCGUAAAGAACCACAGAUGAAUGGGCAAAAUUCUGCAAAUUCCAAAACCAGCAGUGCUUUGGUUAAGCACACUAAUAGAGUUGAUGAUGACGAUGAUGAUGAUGAUGAUUUCUAUGAGUCCAUUGAUGCUCCUUUGAAAUCGGCAACAAAAUCAGAUUCCUUCCCACAAUGCACUAAGGCAAAACAUUUAAGUUGGAUGUCACUACAAGAUUCCGGUAACUACAGUAAUUCCUCUCAGUUGUUCAGCGAGGACUCCGUGCUUAGAAGAAAGAAUGCAAUAAAGAGGCAAUCAACUCACUCCUUGCGGGAAAUUAACCAAGUAAAUUAUAUUGAUUUCCCACCAGAUUCAGCCAUGAAAAAACGAGAUGUCAGUGAAACGCCUCCACCGAUUCCGCCAAGAGACAAAAUACCAGAAGCCCCUCCGUUACCCCCCAGGAAACAAGAAGAGAGCCUCAGUUUGAAGACUGUCGUUCCACUUCCUAUCCCAUCGCCUAAAAAUAACAGAAACUCCAGUUCGCAGGAUUCUUCCAGUAACGACAGUUUACCGGGUUCCAAAACUAAACCUGGUGGAGAAACUGAAAACAGGAAACUUUCCCAUCAGUUGUCUGAAGAUUAUGUUUGUAUGUCAUCUCCGGAUUUCCUGACCAAUUCCUCAGAACACAAUUUUCCUGACUUAAACAAACUAGAUUACGAUGAAGACAAUCUUUACGGUGUAAACAAUGAACGGUACAAAUCGUGUUUUGGGUUGGAACCCUUGUACCAAUUCUGUGGAACAGACAUCAAAAAACAGAAGAAAGGUGUUAAUCGGAACUCUCAUAUUUAUUGUGAAAUUGGAUCCCUGGAUUCCGGAAAAAGUGAAAGUAAGGUUUCCAACACAAGUACAUCGGAAUCUCAAGGUUCUGAGUCUUUGGGAAGUGAAUUCCUCCGAGCCAACUCACAGCGAACAUUAUGGCAUGAGAUGCCACAGGUGAAGAACUCUGGUCUCUUAAAAACAAUUUCAGACUCUGAAAGGAAAUGCCAAGAGGCUAUUUUUGAAGUAAUUACAUCAGAAGCGUCAUAUCUAAAGAGUUUGAAUAUCUUAAUGACAACAUUCCUUCUGAGUCCAGAAUUUUCCGACAAAUCUGGUAAAAGUAUUCUCAGUCGACAGGAGCGCCAUGAAAUGUUCUCCAAUAUUGGAGCCGUCAGAGAAACCAGUGAAAAAUUCCUUGCUGAUCUGGAAGAGCGCUGGAAGAAGUCGUCACAAAUUCAUGACAUUUGUGACAUAAUAACAGAGCACGUACAGAAAGACACCUUCAAUGUCUACAUUCGUUACUGUACCAACAUGACAUACCAGGAGAGGAUGUACAACAAACUGCUAAAACGUCCUGAAUUUGAGACAGCUCUGAAGUCGAUUGAACGCAAAGAUGCCUGUCAACGGCUCCCAAUGAAAACUUUCCUGCUUCUUCCGAUGCAGAGAAUUACACGCAUCCCGUUGCUCAUUGAUUCAAUCCGACAUCGAUUAGACCCAAACACCGAUCGAUAUAGAUCAGCUGAAAUCGCACUGCUGGCCAUCAACAAGAUUGUGAAACAAUGCAAUGAGGGAGCACGACAGAUGGAAUGUAUGGAGGAACUGAUUGCCUUACAGAAACAGAUGCAGUUUAAGGUCAAGGAGUUCCCCCUAAUCUCCGCGUCACGGAUGUUGGUAAAGAAAGGAGAAGCCAUUGAGAUUGUCAGUGAGCCGUCAAGUAAGACAAUAUUCAAGAGAAGCAAACCAACAAAGAAUCCUAUUUAUUUAUUUCUAUUUAACGAUCUUCUACUUCUUACCAAAAAACGAGGAAACCAUUAUGAUGUUGUCGAUUAUUGUUCACGUGCCUUUUUGGACCCUCAACGUAUCAGGGACCCAGACAAAUGUAAGCUUUUACCUCAUGGAGUUCCACCCAAUGUCCGUUUUCUGAUCUUGCUGGUAAUGUUGGAGAACUUUGAAAACAAAAGAGUGGAAAUGAUUUUGGCUUUUAAUUCUGAAAAUGAUUGUGAACGUUGGUUGACUGCUGUAACCCCUGUCACAGUGGAAGGCAAUGAAAGAAUUUACUCAGCAUGGGAUUGUCCAGAAGUGGAAGCCAUUUGUUCAUAUAAAGCUUAUGAGAAAGAUGAACUCUCUUUAGAACCAAAUGAUGUGGUCACUGUUUUCCGGAAACUAAAUGAUGGUUGGUACUAUGGUGAACGGUCCCAUGAUGGUGAAACGGGUUGGUUUCCAUCAGAGGUGACCAAGGAGAUUGUCGGCGAGCACAGCCGAGCCCGGAAUAUGCGUCUCAAGUACCAAGUGGAAGGCAACAUUGAAGUUGAAUAAAAAAAUCACCAGGAUGCCCCCCCACCUCCUCCCACCAGAUUUUAUCACAGAAUCACUGUAUCAUAUUUAACACAUUAAUUGCCCCCACCCCACCCCUAUUUACUAUGGUCACAACCACAUUGCAUAUAACCCCCCCACUCCCCAGCCAAACCCUUUGUCCUUCAGUGACAAUUACAGCAUAAUUACUGGAACUCAACAAUCAUUACGCUACCACAUAGACUGUACCACUGCAGUUUCAUAUGUACUCAGCUAACACAGCACUCUACCAGUAUUGUACUAUACUAUUACAAUAUGUACUCAACUAGUUCACUGGCAUAGUAUCUAUUGUACUAGUACAACACUGUACACACUACUACUACUACUACCGCUACUACAGUAACGUGUGUAGUGCAGCAGCAGCACCCUUGCACCCAAUUUUGCCAAUCCUAAUUGUUCCUCGGGAUUCCAGAAUCCCACCUCAACUUCACCAUCACGUUUAUUGCUGUCUACCAUGAAACACUUUUAGACUGAGAAGUAGACAGCAGACACAAUGUCUCCUUCUUAUCGUGUUCUGCAGGUGUGUGUGUGUGUGUGUGUGUGUGUGUGUACGUUUAGCUACAUGUCUACACAUAAGUAUCUGGUGAUGCCUGUACAUACACAGACACACCCAUGCGUUUUUACAGUCAUUUCUCUGUGUCGUUCAUGCCAAACCCUAAAACAACGGACAUAGAACUAACGUCCAGCAAUGUUUCUACAUUCCAAUAGAGUUUCCGUCGAGUGAAAGUGUUGUCCAUCAUCAG